AGACACCUGGUUGCAUAACAGGCGUGAACAAAAAUGUGUGUGUGUUCGGGGGUCGCGGUUAAAGCCCACCCUCUCCGUUGCGCGCCUUCAGGCUUUAGUGAAGGAGGUCCGCUGACGUCACGACAUUCCAGUGAUUCCGCUGUGACAAAAAGGCUGCGUCUUCUGCGAUCGAAAGACCGGUGUCUACCCCCCAAACAGAUUUCCAAUAUGGCUUUAAGAGAUUCUCUAAAGAUUGACGAAAACCUGGUCCUGAUGAAAGAACUAGAGGAGCGAUUAAAGAAGCAGAUUGACAAGCUGGAGCACUUGCGUCUCUCCAUUGCAGAGGUGAAAGACAACAUGACACUGGCUCUGUGUCCCAGCAGUGACUGUGGAUUUGGCGCCGUUCAGCAGCAAGGUACUGACCUGAAACCUUUAAUUGCGGAUCACCUAGAAUGGCUGGCCAGACUGAAUGAGCGAAUGGAAGCUCUGCAGAUGAACACUACUAUUUUCGUCCAGAUGAACACAAAACCUCGAACCUGGAAGAGGAAGCAACAUGGAAAACAGCAUCACAAUUGGCAAAGGCCUUUGGCUGCUGGGGAUGCUUUAACUGAAUUUGGCUGGUCUCCUGUCCACACUCGGCGAAACAGCGACGCAGCAUCGGAGAUGUCCUGUGCCUGGUAGCGACCUCCAUAUUUGGAGCAGUUCUUUCAAACAACAUAGGCUGGUUUGACCUCCAUAUCAGUAUCAAUAUAGAGAUUUCCUUUAGCGAAAGCGUCCUUUUUAAAAUGUUAUAAUUUAGCAAACACCAAAGAGAAUGAUGUAGCCUCUGCAUGAACAUUUAAAGGAAGGAUGGAUUUUAUUAGUUUUCAUUUAAACCUUAGGCCACUGUCACAUUACGCCACUUCUAACUGUAGGGUUUGUCAGACUUGAUCUCAUCGCCUGACCAUGUCAGUUAUAACAACUGAAAACCACGGGCAUGUCAAAUUACACAACUGCAGGCCGCCUUUUCACACAGUUGUACUCGGCCCUUUUUCUGACACCCAAUAGCGUGUGGCAGGUUAAAAGGUAUGGCGAGUUUAGCCUCAGUCCUUGCCCUUUUUUCUUUUUUCCAUUCUAUCAUGGUACAUGAAAUACAAGACGUCACGCAGAUGAGCUUCUGUUUUGUUUGUGAGUUCAAAACACCCGCGUUCUGCAUUCCUGGUUGCUGCAUUUUAUGCAUUGUUCUUCCGGAUGAGUAUUUGUUGUUUGUCGUUGUCUGCUGUCCUGAAAACACAGUGCUGACCCUACGACUAAGGUACAAUCAAACCUAUGGAUUUGUAAAUGAAGGCUGUGACUGAAAUAGUUUUAAUAGUCUUGUAAUGUGAAAGGGCCUUUUGUAGAUGCAAGGGGAGGACCUAAAAAUUCCACAAAUUUUAAAAAUCGUUUAAAAAAACACAAAAAAAACUUUUUUAUACAAUCUCAAUCUCAACAGAUGGAUGGUACGGUGGCCUCGAAAGGCAAGUGACAAAAAAUUGAAAGGUGUGAUGCGCACAAUUAAACAAAGUGGCGUGCAGAAUUAAAUGCGGUGCCACACAAUCAAACAAGGUGACAUGCACAAUUAAAUGUGCCAGACAAUUUAAAAAGGUGAUGCUCACAAAUAAAUGUGACACACACAAUUAAACAAGGUUACUCACACACUUAAGGGGACGCGCACACUCAACUGAGGUGACUCUCAAAAUUGAAUGCGGUGCCACACAAUAAAACAAGGUGACGUGUACAAUUAAAUGUGCCAGACAAUUU